AUGUCGUUCGACCGCUUGUCCAGCCUAGAAUCGCAGCCGACGACGACACGGCGACAGGACGAUGCUGUCUAUCGAGAUGAUCCGGAAUUCCAGCGCUUCACAGAGAACCUUUCUACGAGACUGUUCGAGCUCGUGUCCAAUGUAUCACGGCUUUCCAAUGAGAUUGCCAAGUUAGGGACUUCACGCGACACAGAGCGAGUGCGUGAGAGAGUACACAAUUUACUCGAGGAAACUCGCGAUGGCUUCAAGGACGUUGGAGAGGGUAUCAAGAAAGCGCAAAGCUGGGAAGAUCUGAACGCCGCCCAAAAGUACACAAACCAGAAACUAUCCAGAGAAUUCUCAACCGCCCUUACUGAGUUUCAGGUGGUGCAGAGGAGAGCCCUAGAAAAAGAAAGACAGUCCAAAGCUGCUUUAGAAGAUGCUUCAGGCACAGUACAAUCUCCUUCUGGAGAAGGUCAGCAACAAUUGCAACAGAUGGACCAGCCACAGUUGGCAGAACAGAGUGAAGUCGACUUCCAAGAAAACCUGAUAAUAGAACGAGAAGGCGAAAUUCGACAAAUCGAGCAAUCCGUUGGAGAGCUAAACGAGUUGUUCCGAGACGUUGCGCAUAUUGUACGAGAGCAAGGUGAUAUGCUGGACACGAUUGACGUGAACGUCGAGAAUACUUUGCAGGAUACCAGAGGAGCCGACGUCGAGCUGAGGAGUGCCAGCCGCUAUCAAAAACAGGCACGAAAUAAGGCGUGCUGUCUGUUGUUGAUUCUGGCUAUAGUGCUCGUUAUUGUUGUUCUAGCCGUUGUAUUGGGCUAG